GACAGGUAUGAGAGAGGUUGGAUUGGACUAGUGAAAGAAGGAUUUGUAAAGCUGAAGACAUGUGUUUUGGAAGGUGUGCUAGAUGUAUUGGGUUUAAGUUGCUCAUCCUUGCCGUGCUCAGCAUUGUGGCCAAUAUUUUACUUUAUUUUCCCAAUGGCGAAACAAGAUUUGCUUCAGACCAUCAUCUCGGCAAAUAUGUGGAGUGCCUUCAUGGCAUUCUAGGUGGAGGCGUUUUGGUACUCAUUCCAGCUGUAGUAUUCAUUGGGCUUCACAAUGACGACUGCUGUGGGUGCUUUGGCCAUGAGCACUGUGGGAAAAGCUGUGCGAUGUUGUCCUCGGUUCUGGCAGCCUUUGUUGGGAUCCUUGGUUCUGGAUACUGUAUAAUCAUUUCAGCACUGGGCUUGUCUCAUGGACCAUAUUGUUUUACUCGCCUAGAAAGAAGCUGGAUCUAUCCUUUCGCUGAAUCCACUGGAGGGUACUUGUUUGAGUACAGCAGGUGGUCUGAAUGUCAAGAACCUCAAAACAUUGUGCAGUGGAACGUCACCCUCUUUUCCAUCCUCCUUGUCUUGGGAGGAAUAGAGUUCAUUCUGUGCUUCAUACAGAUAAUCAAUGGCAUUCUUGGAGGACUGUGUGGGUUGUGCUGCAGUCAUGAGGAGCAGCUGAUAGACUACUGA